UGUUAACACUUUCCCGCAGAGUCAAAUUAUGAGUAAUCGGGAAGCAACAUGGGAAGAGCGAAUUUGAAUAGAAACCUGACUGUACAAAACGUUCAGAUCAUCACGAAUCGCUUAACUUUUAGAGAGACAGCCGGUGAUACAUGUACGCUUGUCAUCCAAGAGGCUUCUAAAAUUAAUCACUGAAACGCUGCGAAGAAGCCAGCAACUCCAGUGCCGAGCAGCGGCGCAGCCAACUACGAUGACUUCCGGUGGGAAUAGAAGUGCAGUAAACGAGUUUUUUUCAGCCAGUAAUGGAGCCAAGGGAGAAAACAGAUUGGAAGAAUACGCAAACAGAGUUGAGGGAAGAUAUUUUGAGAUUGCCACAACUUCUGCAUGAACCUGAUGCAGAGAACCUAGAAUUUCAAAGAAAAAAUCAAACAGUGCUGGAAAGGCUUUCUCUUACAAAUGAUUCUUUGCAUUCACACAACAUGAGGCAUCGAGAUCCUGAGAAGCUGGAAUUAAAACGAAAGGUGCAAGAUCUCAAGGAGAAGGAUAGAAGGCAGUCUUUGGUCUUUCAGAACAUGCAUAGCAUGUUGGCUCCAUAUAAAGCUCAAUAUGCAAGGCGGGGGCAGCAGGCAAUGUUGCUAAAACAGAAAAAGGAGUUUGUAAUUCAUGAUGAACAUAGCAGUGUUGACAGUUCUAACAUCAAGACUGAAGCCCAGGAGCAGAGAUGCAAUGUACCAACAAAGUCAGGCCCUGGUAUGGAAAGUUGUGAAAGCUUUCUGCUGGAAGAACUGAUUACUGAUUGGAGAGGGGAACUUGAUGACUUUAAGUGCAAGGAAGAAAAAUGGGAAAAGGAGCGAGAGUUGCUAAAAUCCUGUAUUAAUGGAGAACGUGGUCGUCUCAACUAUCUUUGGAAAGAAGUGUCAAGCUUCAGAAGAUGCUUUGAUGCAAUGAAAACAUCAACCAGCAGAGAUCUUUGCCAAUUUCAGAAUGAACUGAAUAACCUUUCUACAUCCCUGAUGUCAAAUGUUGGAAUUUUAUUCUCCACGUUUUAUUCAUUACCCCACAAUUAUUCUCCAAUUUCUUCAUCUUUCUCUUCUCAAACUCCUCUUGCAAGCAACAAAUCGUCUAAUGAAACUCAAAAGAAGGUUGGAGAAGACGACCAAUGGCUUAUUGAGAAGUCUGCCCUAGAAACAAGGAUCGUAGACCUUUCAAAAUCUCUUCAGGUUGUGACAAAUGAGAGAGAUGAUUUGAUAGUGCAAGGACAGAAAAGAGAGGAAGAGAGAGAUAGAGAAAUGAAUCUUGUUCGUGAAGCUGUGGAAAAGCUGGGUGCUAUUGCUUGUCAGCAGUUUAUUGAUGAACAAGCACUUCGUGAUACCCUUGCAAGUUCUGUCAUGGGGUUGUCAUCUUUGCUUAAUUACAUCGCAGAAAUUCAAAAUAUUAUCCAUAAAAGAAACCAGAAGAUGCAGGAAAUAGGAAAGACUGUAAAUAACCACAUUAGCAGAGACUUUAAAAAGGCAUUGAUACAGUUUCGUUUGGAGGAACAAGAGAGACAGCCCAGAGUAUCAGAACCUGAAUCACUUGACAGUAUUGAUGUUCAAACCACAAGUGAAAAUUCAUUCUACUACCUGCCAAGUCCAGAUUCAGCAUCCAGUGAGGCAACCGUCCCUCUUUAUUCCCAUCCAGUAGUCAAGACUGAGUUCCAAAACAUUACUCCAGAAACCUGGGACAAUCCUGAAGUGGUCUCUCCUGAACAGUCUAAUCAGUCCUUCAGCAAAAGAUCACCUGCUCAGUUAAAUGAAGAAAAGCAAAAGAUAGAAAUUUUCACUGUACAGAGGGCAAUUGAUGGGGCUGAAAUGGAAAGAGAUAUGAUCAAAAUAGAAAGAGAUCAUUUACAAAGUAAUCUGAAAAAGGCUAAUGACAAAAACCAUUAUCUAUCCGUUUCUUGUAACCAAUUAACAAUGGACCUGGACAAGCAAAAAGAUGUGGUAGCCAAAAUGAGUGAUCUGAAUACAGCAUUAGCAGUGGACAAGCAAACCCUUAACUCCAAUAUUCUGCAGCUUGAGAUGGAGCUGUGUCAGACGAGGUCACAUGCAGAACAUCUGGAACAUGACAGUGUCCCUGUGCGCAAGGCUUUGAAAACUGCAAUCUUAGAACAAGCAGAACUAAAACAUAUGAAUAGACAACUUCUUGCUUCACUGGCUGAAGCUGCAGAGAAUGAGAAAAAGAUGGAAGAAAAAGCAACAGCAAUAAAAAUGAUGGAUAGUGGUCAGUUGAAACAGGUGUCUCUUCUUCAUAAUUCUGCAACAAAAGAGGUUAAUGUGGUUCAUCAAAAACAACAUCUGGCUAUAGAAUAUCUAAAAAGUGCUGAGGAGGAGAAGGAUGCUCUUCUCAGACAACUAGAGACUCUUGAAAUUGAGAUGCAACAACUUAAGAAUGAUAAGGAAUCUGUGGAAACAGAAAGAAACACAAUGAGAUCACUAUAUGAAACAAUGAAAGAAAAAGUUUUGAAAACUGACAUGAAGAAUAAGGAUCUUGAAACUGUCCAAACUCAGCUGGAGGUCAAAGUGCAAACUUUACAGGAGGCAAAUGAGGUUUUCAAAGGUGAAAUUAAUUGUGUACGUACAGAGUUGUCAAUGGAGAUUUCUCGGCUCAAAUCAGAGGAAGGCAAACUACUGGAGGAAAAAGAAUCUGAGAGUGCAAAAGCAAAAUCUGAAAUAGACAGGCUGAUUGGUGAAUUAGCCAGUCUACGUCAGGAACUCAGCACUGCUGAGCAGAAAAACAAAGAACAGACAUGCGAGUGGAAGACAGAGCUGCAAAAUCAAGAAAAUGAAAAAGCUCAAUGGCAACAGGAAAGAGAGUCUUUGAACACAGAACUGGGCGAGAGGGACGGAGAGCUGAAAAAGUUGAAAACAAGAACCGACGCUCUAUUACAAGAAAAAGAGGGUUUGAACAAGUUAAUAGCACAGAAGGAUGAGGAGAUAGAAUCACUUAAUGAAAACUUAAAUUUAGGAAAAGAAAAUCUCAGAGAUAGGUCUGUCGAAAUAGAAAUCCUAAAAGGGAGAGUGGAAGACCUGAUAAAGGAAAGUGAUUUACAGAAGAAGAACAAUGAAGAAGAAAUUAACAGGCUUAAAGAACUGGUCCAAGGCUUGGAAAAGAAGAAUGAAGAAUAUACAAUUAACAUGAAAACCAAGGAUUCUGAAUUGAAAGAAAAAUAUGCAGAGGUUGAAAAAUGUGCUGAAAAAAUAGAGAAGCUAUUGAAAUGUAAAGACGAAAUUAAUUCAUUAGUGGAAGUAAAGGCAGUUGAGACUGACAGGCUCAAUGAUUACAUUUCGGUAUUAGAAAAAGAAAAAGACCGGCUCCGUUCAGAAAUGUCAAAAUACGCAGAAGAGACAGAAAGAAUGCAAGUGAAAUACAGAGAUGAACUGAAUCAUAGGACCAUUGAUUUUGAGAAUCAGAAAAGAGACUUAUUCAAAGAGCACCAGGAAAGCCUUGAAAUUAAAGAUACUGAGAUAAAAAGACUUGGCAGCAUUGUACUCACACUAGAAAGAAAAGGAGAAGAACUUGAUAUGAAUGUGAAAGCUGAGAGCACCAAGAGUGAAAAACUGCUUGAGAAAAUAAAAGAGAUGCAUCAAACAGAGGAAAGACUAAAUGCAGAGCUUCAAAGAAUAAAAAUAAUGGAUCAAAAUUUGCAGAAUGAAAACAAUAAUAUGAUCAAUGAAUUAAGACGAAUGGAAGAACUACUGAUGGCUUUGAAAGAAGAGAAAUAUAAUUUGACUGCAAAAGUGAAUGAUUUAAACAAAGAAGCAGAAGAUCAGACUAAACUGCUUAGGAGGAAAGAUGAGGAAAUAACACAGCUAAAGGACCGUAUUGCCAUGAAAGUCAAGGAAACAGAAUGUCUUCAGGAAAAUCAGAAAGAUUCUCAGAAAUUCGUGGAAAAAAACAGACAAAUGGACACGUUGAUUCAAGAACUGAAUGAAAAAUUAAAUGAGCGUGAAAAGAAAGAGGGACAGUUUUCUCGGCGACUUAUAAGCAAAGAGGCAGAAAUUGGCGAAUUACAAGAGGAAGUCAGAUUGUUGCAGGAAAAACUUAAACAAAACCUACUGUGCACAAAAGAGAAGCAAGAACAAGUUGACUUACUAAGCCAGAGCAUUCAGGUGGCUCGAAAAGAAAAAGAAGCUCUAGAAAAGCAAUACAAUGAUCAGACUGUGGAGCUAAAACUGAGAGAUGAUGAGGUACAGAAACUAAAAGACCAUGCUAGCAAGAUUCAAAAUAUGCAUCUGGAAAAGUAUGGUGAACUAGGCAGCGAAAAGGAGGAAUUAAGAUUGGAGCUUUUUCAGAAAAAUACAGAGAUUCAGGGACUGAAAAUGUCUUUGGAAAGGUUUUGCCAAGAAAAGGAGACUCUGUCUCGCUCUCUUGUAGACAGCCAAACAGAAAUUCAUAGAUUAAAUGAGAGAAUGAAUGUGAACAAUGAAGAAAUACAAACUUUAAAGCAGAGAAUAGAAAAUAUGAGGAAUGAGAGAGAAAAAUUGGAUUUGGAGCGCACGGAAAAAAAUAAAGAGAUCUGUCAACUUACUGAACAAAUUAGUACACUAAAGAAAGAACAGGAAGAGCUGAGCAGAAAAGAACAAGAGUUAUAUAGGUGGGAUGAAGUGUGGAAUAAAGAGAAAGAAAAAGUAAGAGAGAGGGACGGGGAGUGGCAAGAAAAAUUUGAAAUGUUUAAAAACGUAGAAGGAGAAAAACUAAAUGUGGCAUUUCAAGAGGCAGCAAUGCACGCUGAGAAAAUUAAGGUAUUAGAGAAAGAAAAACAAGAUCUAGAGUCACAGCUAAAAUUAAAAGACCACGAUUAUAAUAUUUGCAAUGAGAAAUUGUUCAUAAAAAUUAAUGAAAUAGCUUUGCUGAACGAAAAAAUAAACAAGCUGCAAGAUGAAUUGCAGAAUUAUCAGACUUUCAGCCAUAAGAGAAAUCAAAGAGAAAAUGCACUAGAGAUUAUGCUAGAGGCAGAAAGAAAAAAGUACAAUUUAGAACAAAGAGAGAGAGAGGAUGAAUCAGAAAAUCUAAGGAGAGAAAUUGAUGAACUUCAGUGUGUAACAGAGCAUGCCUUGGCCGACCUGAGGCAGAAGAAUGAAGCUGUACAAAAAUAUGAGGAGCGGAUGAGAUUGAACAGGGAAAAUCUGCAGAAACUGAUGUCAAUGAUUGAAAUGAAAAAUAAAGAAAUUAGUAAAUUAAAUAAAACAAAUGAGAUGCUCCAUAAAGAAGGGCAAAAAAAGCUGAUGGAUAAAGAGCAAGAAAUUGCUGCUCAGAAGGAGAAAGAGAGAGAACUUUUCAGAACUGAGCAAAAAAAGGAGGAGGAGAUAUAUAAAUUAAGAAUGGCUGUUAAGGAAACUCAGCAAGAAGCAGACAGGGUUUCUGCAUGCUUACAGGAACGGGAAGCAGAAGUCAGAAAAUUGAAAUACGAAAUGGAAAGAAAGUACAAUGAGAUAAGCAAACUCAGAAUAAAAAUGGAAGAGAUGCAAAAAGAAACAACAUCUAAAUUACUCCAAGACAAAAGUAUUAUGCGUGAAAACAUGCAACUGAGGCUAAAAAUUAAAAAAAUUGAGGGCGAAGGUCUUCAAGAAAUUAGAGACAAACUGAAAAUCCAAGAAGAAAAAUUAAUUGCUUUAAUGGGGGAAAAGAAAGAGCAAAUAUUAAAACUUAAGGAACAAAUUCAGAUCCUUGAGAGAGAGCAAACAAAUAAGCUUUUGGGAAAAGUCGGAAAAGAAUAUUUACCAGACAAAAACAAGCAGCCGCUACCUUGUAAGAUCAGUAGGGAAGAUGAAAUAGAAAAGCUUAACAUGCAUUUAAAGGAAAGUCAGAGAGAAAUGGAGUAUAUUUCUGGAGCUGUCAAACAGAAGUCAGUAGAAAUUGAAUGGCUUGCACGAAGGAUGGUUCAGCUUGAAAUAGACAGGAAGAAUUUACACUCAGUACUAGUAAAAGCAGAUGAAUCUGAGUGGGAUCAAAACUUCUUAGCAAAGAGUCUAGAUCAGGAGAUAGGAUUGCUACAAGAGUCUAUGUCUUACUAUCUUCAAAAGUGGGGUGAGUUGACAACUGCUGCAGACAAAGCAUUCUUUGAAGAGAGAUCAGCAUUUCAAAAUAGAAUUAGUGCCAUGCAGAGGGCAGUUGCACAACUAGAAUAUGAGAAGAAACAUUUAGAGGAGGAGAAAAAGAAACUUGUGGAUACCUUAAAGAGGAUUAAGAAGGAACGGGGGCACCUUAAAGAACAACUAAUUAAGAGGGAAUCAAUGACAUCUCAUCAUCAAAACUGCAGUGAAGAAGAUCAGUUAAAAAAUCGUAUUCUAGAGCUGGAAGGACAGGUGUUCCAUCUCAAGAGAAUUUUAGAACAAUUUUUUGGUGAGAAGAAGGAGUUUUGUGAACAGUCUUCCAAGAACAGCCAGCAGAUUCUGUCUUUGAGGCAGGAUCUCAGUCAGUCAUUAGCUCACGUUUCACAAGCGCCUUUGUCAUCAGUGUUAGACUCUGAAACACAAAGAUUAGAUAGAAGUGUUCGGGGGGAACAUUUAAAAUUAUCCCAAAGGCACUUUUAAAACCCAGCGAUGGAUCGACGGCUGGUCCAGGGAUGGUUCCUGCUGUGUGUGCCUGUUCCUUCAAGGAUCAGCUGCAGUUUCCCUGUGAUGCUGCCCUGGAUACGCUGGUUAAAAAAAUGGAUGGAUGGCAGGCAUUUUUAAGUCAAGGCAACAUUGGUGCAAUUUAUGUAGUCACUUGUAGACAAACAGUUGAGUACACCAGAGUAUUACUAGCAGCAGAUCCUCCUCUGGCGUUCAUGAAGAGGCAUCACUAGUGCUGCUGAGGUAGGCUCCAGGUCAGACCACAUUGGGAAAAGGAUUCCAUUAAUGUCAUUUCAAAAGCAUACUCUUGCCAUUCUUAAAGUUUACAUAGCCAUGGUAGAACAUUAAGGAAUGUAGAUAGAAUACCAGUUGUUUCGUUUUCGCUGUAUGGACUUGGUUGCACAGACAACUUAGUAAUGCAGUAAUUAUUGUGAUCUUGUGUUGAUUUCAUUAUUAUGUGGCUUCGACAUCAUGUCUUUCUUUUCAACACUCUUGAUUUGAGUUAGAUUUGGGGCUUUUUAUAGCCAAUUGUUUUCACCCAGCAAUAUUUGAUCACAAUCUUCCAUGCCCUCUUGUUUGGACAAUUAAGGAUGAAAUCAUUAACUGGAAUUCUCAAAUGUAUGCCCAUGUGUCUAAAGUAGAAAGUAAUUACCUUUACUUUUACUCUCUCAGACAUGUGUAAAAUACAAAUUUAAAAAGGAAUGCUAGUGGGUGACAUUGUGUUUGCUUUGUGCUUGGACCCCAGCUUGCGGUGGAAUUUUUAAGUCGCUAGAAGCGGCCUCAAAUGCUGCCCUGCAUAUAAGACCCUCUUAAUCCCUGUAAAUGGAGAAAGCUGGGAUAAAUUAAGAAUGACUAUUUAUUUAAAAUACUUUUUUAAUUAGACCCCAAAGAGUUGGUAGGCAGUACUUAUAAACUAUAGAUAAUGGAAUUACGGAGAAUAUGGCAACGUGAUAUGAUGAACCUCUCAACAUAAUGCCCAGUGGUCAGUGGUUUGUUCACAUUUUGUGUAAAUAAUUGUAAAUCUGUACUUUACAUUUUUCUGACAUUGCUGACUUAGAUUUUAGUGGGUCUUUUUUAGAAUUGUAACCUGACAAAUGAAUUGGGAUUGUCUGAUAAAGAAAUGUUUGUUUCUCAUGGUAUCAAAAAGUAGCAAGCAACAGUUCCUCCGCAUUGCGUUUAUGAGCCUCAUCAUGUAUUUCCUCUGCUCAUCAUAAUCCAUUAUUAGUUACUUUGGGAUAAUUUUACUGAGAGUAUACUGCAACUGAUUAUGUUAAAAAAUGAUAAUUUCAUGCAGUUUUACUAUCUAAAACCUUUUGACUUGAAUGUGUAGAGGACAUUUCUUGAAUCCCCUUGCUGGUUUUUACUCUGUAAGCCCCUUGUAUUUGAUUAGAUUUCUGUUGGCCAAACAGUUAUGUCACGGACCGGUCUUAGUUACAAUGGCUGCAGAACAAACAGAAGACAUGCUGGACAGUUUCAGUCCUUCUACCUUCCAUUUCAUCUUCAGAGGCAACUAGUGGACUGCAAGGUAAAAACUAUUUACAUAAAAUACUCUUAGACUGAUGUGCUGCCCAAUCAGUUUGGCUCCUUUUCAUGAAAGAAAAUUUUCAAAGUGUGGAGGUUGAUUGAAGACUUGGAUUUACCCAAAGCAGCUCCCUUCAGCCAUAACUUGGCUCUAUGUGUAUACAGUAUGUACAGAGCAUGUAUAUAUAAAUAUGUACCAUAUAUCUAUUUUUGUAAGAUUAGUUGGGCCACUCCAACCCCUUUAGCCUCUCGUUUUUAAAUAUUAAACUGUAAUAAUAAAACUGACUUUUAUUUUCUACAAAAUUAUUAAACUUCAUUCAAUUUUCA